AUGUUGCUUCCGAGGUACUGCGCUUCAGCUAGUCUUUCCGCUAUUGACGAUGCAGUCAAGUUCUAUCUGGGUGAGAUUCCCUCAGCCGACAACAUCAACGCAGAGUUGACGCUGUGGAUGAGCAAGCGCUGCCAAAUCGAAGAGAAGGAUCGGCCAGCUUGCGCUUUGCAAGCGCUAGGCAUGUGUAACCAGAACUUCUUCCCGAAUAUUCACAGCUUGCUCUGCAUCCUGGCGACACUUCCCGUAUCCACCUCAACCCCAGAACGGAUUUUCUCAACAUUGAGAAGACUUAAAAGCUACCUACGGAACCACAUGAAGCAAGACAGAUUGACCGGACUGGCGCUGCUCAGCGUCCACCGAGAAAUUCAAGUGGACCCAGAAGAGGUCCUCGCGGACUUUUGCAAGUUGCCGCGGAGGAAGAACUUCGUUGUUUAA